CGAUGGCGUCGUCUCAGUGGAGUCGCCCAGCAGGGCUCGUCCUCGUGCUGUCCCUGGUCGUCCACCCAUCGCGUCGCGUCCUCGUCGCGGGCCAGGAAUCCGAUGUCAAGGAGAGAUUGGCCAACCUGGUGUACGACGGCAUCGUCGAGGAUCUCACGCACUUCGCGCCCGUCGACGUGCUCUACGUCUACUACAAGAGGGGCGUCAACGUCGCGAUGGGCAACACGCUGAGCGUCUCAAACACGUCGCGUCAGACGGAGGACGUGAGCUUUAACGCGUCGCCCGACAACUACUACACCGUCAUGCUGGUCGACUUGGACGCGCCGAGCAGGUCUCAGCCCAGCCUGCGCAGCUACCGCCAGUGGCUCGUCGUCAACGUGCCGGCUACGAUGAACCUUCUGGAUGGAACGACCGUCACGGAGUACAUCGGUCCCCGGCCCGCUCACGACACCGGACUGCAUCGUUUGGUGUUCCUUGUAUACUCGCAGGGCAUGCGACGCCUGAACGCGCACGAUCUGGUGGACAGUGCGCGUUCGCAGUUCGACGUGCGCGCUUUCGCCAACGCCAACGACCUCGGUGAUCCGAUCGGUAUCAACUACUUUCUCGUCGAGGUGCGCUCGGCCAGGCCUCGAGCAGGACUCGCGGCAACAGCACACUCCAUCACAGCUGACGGACUACUACGAAUGCUUUCGCUGGUCUCGCUGGGCCAACUAGCCACGCGAUGGGCUUGCGCCGUGACGAUAUCUGGAACACUUUUGCACUGUUUCUGA